UAGAUGACAACAGAGACAAGGACAUCCUGUCUUCACAGCUCUCUGUUCAUGGUGCACACAGGGACAGGUCCGACCGUGACAGGAUGAGAUGGAUGCUUUGAAUUGGCGUCUGUACUUUGUGUGGCUCUUCUUUAACGAAGUUCAAACCGAUCUUUCAUCUUGGACCAUUGACUUGCCGUCCACAGUGAAAGGUCACCCUGGCUCCUGUGUGGUGAUUCAUUGCUCUUACAACUACCCAGAUGAUGAAAAGAAGGCGACUCAAUUCACAGGGAUUUGGACCGAUGCCACGAAUCAUGUUGUCUAUCACCCAGUCAAGUCUAAUAUUGCGCAGCAGUAUCGGGAUCGCACAGAGCUGCUGGGAGACAUCGAGCACAAGAACUGUUCACUGAAGAUUGAUCCGCUCCAGCAAAGUGACCAAGGGCCGUUUGUUUUCAGAAUUGAGAUGGCAAACUUUGAUAGCGCUUCUUACAGAGAUCACAAAGUCUCCAUUACAAUGAUGGAUAAAGUAGAUGUUGCUAUCUCACUGACAGAGGACGUGGUGGAGGGUCAGCUUGUGGUGGCGUACUGCUCCGUGUCUCCCUCCUGUCCCACCUCCCUUCCUGUCUACAGAUGGAGUCACCCUGGACAGGAACAUUUUCAUUCUCUGCAGUUUGACGACGACCAGUGGAAAGCGACGGCUGCUCUGAGCUUUCGCCCGACCAGCGCUGACCACAACAAGUCUUUACAGUGCACCGCCCUCUACAGCGGAGGGCAGCAGCAGAAAACAUCCAAGCUCCUCAAAGUUAAACAUGCCCCAGUGAAUGUGAGUGUUAAGUACAAGUCUGAUGUGAAGGAGGGAGAAGCCGUGCAGCUGACAUGCACCAGCGAUGCUCACCCCCCCGCCAGAAGCUAUGAGUGGUUCAGUGAAACUGGUGCUCAGCUGCAUCAGGGAAACAUCUACACGACGCCAAACGUCUCCAGACACCUGGAUGCAUUGUACUGUACCGCCAUCAAUACAGUGGGACGAGGCAAAUCCAGCCCUGUGCGUCUCACUGUGUUGUAUGCCCCUGAGAUUAAGAGCCUCUCCUCCUGCUCCUCAGAGGGAAAGAUGGUAAAGUGUGUGUGCAUUGCUGACUCCGAACCUCCCUGCAUGGUCCAUUUUGUGCUUUCUGAAGGAGUCCUACCAGGCACCAAGAUAGAGAGACAUGGCUCUGUCACCAUGGGAACUCUGCAGGCCGAGUUUGAAUCCUCUGCGUUUGUCCUCUGUCUGGCAAACAACACGGUGGGCAACGCCAGCCUCGUACUCUCCCUACCUGUGAACGGUGCGAUGCAGAGUCUCUAUAUCGCCAUCGCCAUCGGGGCAGGCGCGCUUCUGGUGAUACUUUUAAUAGCUGUGAGACUUGUUAAAAAAUGUAGGGGCAAAUCUGGAGAAACACCAACACCUCACAUGAGCGAUGUGAGGGAAAACAAAGAAGAGCUGACGGAAUAUGCUACAACAAAAAGAAAAGACAGGAACUACAAGGUGGUAACAAGACCUGCACAUCAUGUCGACGAGCAAGUGUAUGGCAACGUGGAGUCUGAAUGGGAUGACGCGAUCUACGCCAACGUGUAACAUCGCUGAGUUUGGUGCAGCUGCAGUUCCGCUGUGUGGGGGAUGUGGGUCAAGACAACUGUAAAGACAAAUAAAUACUAAUAUGCAAUUUCCCGUAUGUGUUAAACAAGCAUGUGAUUAUUUUCCUGUGUGCUAAAAUUAACAUAUACAUUUUUCAGAAAAAGUUUCCUGUCUUAAAACAACUUUGUGAUUGACGCACACUUGUGUCCGCAGUUAUUAUUUCUCCUCUUCAGAACUUUCCCUGUUACCUUUAUAGAUCAACAUUAUUAUCCUGUAUGUUGUGGUU